ACACAACACAGACUCAACCAAAUUGAUCCACUACAAACUCUGACAUCGACAGACCAGGAGUUGCACAAAGUGGAGAUGAAACUGAUAAUGACGAAUCAUGUGAUAGAAGAUCAAAACAAGCAAGAAAGAGAUCAAGAGAAGCAUCAAUUUGAGUACAACGCCUUGUGUGCGAUUGGUAAUGAUUUAGAUAUGGCAUUGAGUGCUACAUUCGAAGAUGAAGCUAUUCGUUUUGUAGAGAGUGCACAUGCGAAAACAGCUGACAGGACAGUUGUACUUAAUGUGGCAAAGGAAUAUGGAUGGGAAGUCGCUACUGCACUACCACAAUCAAAAAAUGAGGAUCUUGUGGAAUACGGAAUAAACCAUACUGAGGACGAGACUCUUAUGUCCCAGACAGAGAAAGAAGUCGACCACAUCUGUCUAAGGAGACAAAAACUACUUACAAUAGUACAGGAAAAAGAAACGCAUCCUUCUCAUGCUAUAACUGCAGAGGAGUCAGUCACUAUGCAAAUAAUUGUAUCUCUAGAUCUGAUAAACAUCCAUCAGAAUGACAUUCACGAGAACCGCCAAGAUAUGGCUCAUCCUCCCAGACCCUACAAAGAAUUACAAUGUAAGAAGACUGAGGUCCUAACAAAAUUAGCCAUUAAUAACAAAGAACUAAUAGAAAUGGAUAGAUACGUUUGCUUUGAUAAUAUUGCUGAAGGUUCUAUGCAAGCAUUGCCCAAUAAUGAUAUCAAAGAGAAAACCGAUAAUGAGACAUUAACUUACCAAGAUUCAGAAAAUCCUGAUAAUGAUAUGCCAGAAUCUUCUGAAUUUGCCGCUGAUAAAGAUAAUGAAAACAAUGAUUGUGAAGUAUUAGACAAUGAAACAAUUAGUAUUCAAGCUCCACAAGGUGUUCAAAAUCCACCUCGUAUUAUUGGAAGAGGAAGACCAUCCAAGUGUCGUUUUAUGAGUAGUAUAGAAAAGAAGCAAAAUCAGGGAAAAACUUCUUCAAGAGGUUUGUAUAAAUGUCGUCAAUGUGGAGAAGAAAAGGAAACACCAAAAUUAGAAUAUGGUUAUGCAGACUUAUUUUCUAAUUGGCCUAGUUUUCAUGUUGUAGUACAAAUUUUUUCUAAUGCAUAUCAUUAUAGUUAA